AUGUUGAAGCCAUCAAGACUUUCAAGAGGACUCCGUUUUGCGUCACAGACUCCACCAAGGGAUACCCGCUAUGCUCGAAUAAACGAUGCGGAUCUCAAGAAUUUCGAGAAAAUUCUCGGAAAAUCUUAUGUGAAAACAGAAGAGAUCGAUUCGUUCAAUAAAGAUUGGACAAAAUGGUAUUCAGGAAAUGGUGCUUGCGUUUUAUUGCCGUCAACAUCUGAAGAGAUUUCCGCUAUUCUUCGACACUGCCACGAGAGAAGAAUAGCCGUUGUUCCGCAGGCUGGUAACACAGGACUCGUCGGUGGCGGGAUCCCCGUACACGACGAGGUGAUUCUUUCGGUGAGGAGAAUGAAUCGCGAAUUCGAUUUUGAUCCGGAUACAGGAGUCCUAUCCUGUGAUGUUGGCCACGUGCUGGAAGAAUUAGAAGGAAAAGUCGGCGAAUUCGGCUACAUGAUGCCCUUCGAUUUGGGAGCAAAGGGAUCUUGUCUGAUUGGAGGAAAUCUGUCGACGUGUGCAGGUGGAAUUCGCCUCUUGAGAUACGGAAGUCUUCACUCACAUCUACUUGGGCUACGCGUGGUUCUCCCCGACGCUAAGGGAUCACUCGUGGAGUUUGGGAGUGAACUGAGAAAAGACAACACAUCACUACAUGCUCAUCAUUUGUUUUUAGGUUCCGAGGGGCAACUCGGUGUGAUCACCGGAGUGAAGAUGACGUGUGUGACGAAACCGAUCAGUGUUCAAAGUGCGAUGCUUGGAGUUAACACUUUUGAUGAAUGCCGAAAAAUUCUGCGCAUUGCCAAGACGAAACUCGGCGAGAUUCUUUCGUCUUUCGAGCUGAUGGACAGGGAAACGAUUGGGGUGCUUGAAGACAAUCUGCAAUUCUCGAAUGUGAUCAAGACGAAUCCGCGCUUCAACAUCCUUGUUGAGACCUCGGGCACAAAUAUCGAUCACGAUCGGGAGAAAGUCGACAAUUUUUUGGAGUAUUGUUUAAGUGAAAGAUUGGCGAAUGAUGGGGUUCAGGCGAAAUCCGCUGAAGAACAUCGUCUGAUGUGGCGUCUUCGUGAAUCAGCCACUAUCGCGCUUACAUUAGAUGGAAUCGUUUUCAAAAACGAUUUCUCACUGCCAUUACAUUCAUUUUAUCAACUCACUGAAGAGGUUCGUGCUCGAGUUGGUGGAGCGGCGAAACGAGUUGUUUGCUAUGGGCAUAUGGGCGAUGGGAACAGUCAUCUCAAUGUCACAUCAACAAAAGAAAAUGCUGAUAGAGUGUAUAAAAUGUUGUAUCCUUUCGUCUACGAGUGGGUUGUAAAACACGGGGGAUCGAUUUCAGCCGAGCACGGAAUUGGUCAACUAAAACGUCCAUAUGUGAAUUUGGGGAAAUCGACGGAAGAACGAAAUCUCAUUCGAUCACUCAAAACCCUUUUCGAUCCAAGGGAAAUCCUCAAUCCAUACAAAUUUCUA